CCCAAAGACGCCCGGCUUUCUCUCCCUCUGGCUUUCCACAUGCCUGCAACCAUGGCACCGCCCCUGGCGCUCGAGACCGCCGUCCUCGACGGAGAGCUCGACGAUGAGGAGAUCCAACAACUCCUCGAGCGAGCGAGCGCGCGCUUGCACGCCAACUUGGGGUCCAAGGAAGUGAUCAAGUCCGCCGAACACCGCCCUUACUCCAUUCCCAAGCUCAAUCCUGGUGAGCUAGACCGGCCCUAUGUCUCGACAAAGGGAGAGGUGGCCUUGCUCGACCCUUCCAAAGCCGUGGACCAGCGCCAGCUCAAAAAGGCCGCCGGGAUCCGUCAGGUGGAAGAUCCUGUGGCGGCGAGGAAAUCUGCAGAAGAGAAGAAGGCAACCGCUGGUGCUGCAUGGUAUAAUCUUCCGCGCACGCAAAUGACCCCCGAGCUCCAACGCGAUCUGCAACUGCUCAAGAUGCGCAACGUCCUCGACCCGCACCGACAUUACCGGAAAGACAACGGCAAGAUGAAGGCGCCAGAGUACAGCCAAGUCGGCACAAUUGUCGAAGGGCCGACGGAGUUCUUCUCCGGUAGGAUUGAGAACAAAAAGAGGAAGAAGACGUUCGUGGAGGAGGUGCUCGCGGGUGAGCAAGAGACUGGAAGAUUCAAGAAGAAGUUUGGCGAGUUGCAGGAUAGAAAGGGGAGUGGCAAGAAGGCAUUCUACAAGGCACUCAAGGCGAAGAGAAAGCAUGGGGUGAAGAAAGGAGGAUCCGGAUGAAGAAGGCUUCCCUGCGAACCCUAAGACGCUUCAACGACUCCUGGUAAUGCUGAUGCCGG